ACUUACCGGAAGUAAUCUCUAACAUAGAGUAAUAUCACAACAAGAUAUACAUGUUAUGAGAGUGCAGUGAACCAUUCUGACGUGACAGUUUAUUCAUAAUCCAAUUUUCUGUGAAGAAGAGUUAAAACUUCGUUAUGACAACCACCCUAAGAGAAUGUAACAAAUAUAGAACAUGUAUAUUUGGUUUGUUCAUUAUCGUUAUUAUUGCUUCCUAUUUCCUAUUAUCUAAAUUGAGAGUGGAGAGAAUAAAAUUCGACACUAAAGUUUCGGAGAAAUCAACGAAAGUAGUUAAUCCGUUACCUGAUGUUCAGCCGGUUGAAGACAAUUCCAAGCCUAUUGAAACAGAUGAUUUUCCACAUCAUGAUAAAUGGAUAGUGACAACUAGCAUCAACAGGCCUACAGAUCAAAUGACCAAGUUGAUAGCAAAUGAAAAUUGGAGAAUGGUAGUCGUUGGUGAUCUUAAAACUCCAGUCGAAUGGAAAUUAAAAAAUACUGUAUUUCUGUCAGUAGAUAGGCAAAAAGAAUUUGGAGGUCAUUUAUCUAAGCUUAUACCCUUUAAGAGUUAUUUUCGUAAAAACGUAGGAUAUAUUUAUGCUAUAAAGCAUGGAGCAAAAACAAUUUUAGAUGUAGAUGAUGACAAUGAAAUAGCUAUUGAUGCUUUUGAAUUCAACGACGAAAGUUCUAGUAUAACACCAAUCACCACUAGUACUUUCUAUAAUCCUUACGCACAUUUUGGUCAAUCAACACUUUGGCCAAGAGGAUAUCCCCUGCAAAAGAUAGGUGAUCCAGCACCACGAACAUAUCGAACAAUAACUGGACGCACACCUGGCAUCCAGCAAGCAGUGGUUGAUGGAGACCCUGAUAUGGAUGCAAUUUUUCGACUAACUAGGAAAAAUUCAGAGAGAAUGCUUAAUUUAACAUUUGACAGGUCAGCGCCGCCAGUUGUCCUUCGUAAAAAUUUAUACUCGCCUUGUAAUGCUCAAGCCACACUUUGGCGCUACGAAGCUUUUUGGGGUCUGUUUUUCUACAGUAGUGUUACAUGGAGGGAAGCAGAUAUUUUUAGAUGUUAUUGGGCACAACGUUUAUUGUGGUACACAAGGUCACGAUUGGCUUUUCUACCUCCAGCUGCUGUUCAAGUUCGAAAUCCUCACGAUUACUUAUCAGAUUAUAUCGACGAACUUCGUCUAUACUCACAAGCUGAGAAAUUUGUAUCGGCUUUACAGUCAUUGACUUGCGACGCCGAUUUUGAAGAAUGCCUAAGAAAAUCUGCAACCCAUUUAAAUGAGCUGUCAUUUUGGACAAAAGAAGAUGUUGAUUGGUUAUAUGCCUGGAUAUUGGAUUUAAAAAAUGUUGGUUAUAUUUUCCCUGAGAAAACAGAUGAUGAUGAAAACAUAGACGAAGAAGUUGUCUUUUUUCCUCGUGAACAACAUACAUCAUUCAACCAUAUACCUAAUCUAGAAACUUUGUCAUCUUUAUUACCUCAUUCACGAAUAGCUAAAACCGUCACAAAUGCAUGCGGAUCAAAUUAUAUAGUUGAUUGGAACCCAUCUAACUUUAAUAAUGAUACUUUAGUAGUUGUUGGUUUAAUAUCUGGUAAAAUUGAAGACGUUACAUAUCUCGAUGCAUUAUAUCGGACUAACUUUUCAAAUAUUAUCUAUUGUACGGACUCAAAACCUUCUCAGGAUUUUGGUGUAUCCAUUAUGCAUUCAAAGUCAGUUAAUGUUCUGUCAUGUCUAAAGAGCGCCUACGAGUUGGGUUAUACUGUCAAAAACUACAUUUAUACCUCUUCUGAAUUCUAUUUCUAUCGUAAUGUAUUAAAAAAACACCCCGAGACAGCUCUAUUAUUCGACGGAUCAAUAGAUUGCCAAGCGAAGAAUACAAAUGCCUUACUAAGCGAUCGAUUUCUAAGGAUACCUGGAGAAAUUCUGGGACAAGUAAAAAUAAACUGCCUUGAUAUCAAGUGCAUACAAAAAUAUCUGGAAGACACAUUUUGCAAUCCUGAUUACGUAAAGGGUAGCUUGGUGGAAAAUUUCGAUUACAUAGCACCUUUUCAUAUUUCUACAAAUUUGUUAAAAUUUUGUAAUAUUUUCAAGAGAUUUGUUUAA